CUCACUCAAAACACACAACUCAAACAAACCCACAGAGAGCGUGAGUGAGGGGGACGUUGAAGGAAGGCUGUGUUGGUAGAGAAGAGAAGAGGAGAAUAGAGAGAGAGAGAGAGAGAGAGAGAGAGAGAGAAGCAUGCAAUACUAUACAGUGAUGGGAGGAAUGGCAGUGGGGCCCACGAGAGAUGAGCAUUGUUGGGAAUGGGGGAGGAAGUACAUGGAGUAUAAUCUUUGCAGCGUCAAAGACGGCGUUUCGCUGACACUGGGUUUAGUCAGUGUGGUGAGUUGGGGUGUUGCUGAGAUACCUCAAAUCAUCACAAACUACAAAAACAAAUCCACGAACGGUCUGUCUCUUGCUUUCUUAAUGACUUGGAUACUCGGGGACCUUUUUAAUCUUUUUGGCUGCAUGUUGGAACCAGCUACGCAGCUCUGUAUUACUUCGGUGCCUGAUAUAGUUCAUCUGUAUUCCUCUACCAAAGCAAGUGUGGAGCUUCCCACACAAUACUAUAUGGCAAUGUUGUAUACAAUUACCACAGCUGUUCUUGCGGUGCAGACCAUAUACUUUGGCUGCAUAUAUCCUCGACUUAAACACAAUUUGAGACAGAAAAAGGGUUCCAAGUCUAACCUGACUGAGGUUAGAAGAAGCAAUACUGACUUCGUUGGGAAACAGGUCAACCAUGCUGGCAGGAGUAUUGGGUUUGACACCCCCAGUGCAGGAAAUGUUUUGAGUUCACCCAUUCCUCUUCCAGGAAUUUGUCCAAGUAUUUCCCCCAGAAGAGAAUCAUACUACAUAUCAGCAAGAUCUCUAUCAAGGAGUCAUACCCCUACAGAAAGGUCUUAUUUGGCACAAACAACAGCUCCUACAUUUAAUCAUAUUCGGAAUUCCAAUGAAGAGCCCUUGCUUGGUGCACUUGCAUCUACACAAUCUGCACCAUCUAAUAAUAUCAAGACCGUCCUCUGUGUGGUCUCUCUGAUGACCCUCUUUGGCACUUUUAAUCACCGAUCAGUAGAUAACAAACUUGAUUUAAUUGUUGAAAAUCCAAGUCGAGGAGUAGUGAUGCGAGUAGGAAGAAGGCUGUUGCAGGUAAGUAGUGAGCUGUUGCAAGCAAAGGGUACUAAAGAUAGCAGCGGGAUAGGAAAUUUGCUUGGUUGGGGAAUGGCAGCUAUUUACAUUGGUGGACGGCUUCCACAAAUUUUCUUAAAUAUCCGAAAGGGCAAUGUUGAGGGGCUUAAUCCUUUAAUGUUCGUCUUUGCUGUUCUUGGAAAUGCCACUUAUGUAGCAAGCAUUAUUGUGAACAGCUUGGACUGGUCGGGGAUCAGACCAAAUCUUCCGUGGCUGGUGGAUGCUGGAGGAUGCAUGCUUCUAGAUAUUUUCAUACUAAUUCAAUUCUUAAGAUAUUGGAGACACCAAGACACAGAGGGUAAGGAUGUACACUCCAAUGCAGCCUAGUUAAUGAAGGAAUGACAAACUUUUCAAGAUGCUUUUAUGGAGCCAUGGAUGUUCGUGAAUCUUCGGAGCUGCCUUUUCGGGGUCUCAUCCAAAGUGACGUAGUCGCAGUCACAUGAGCCGGAAAACUGAAAUAAGUUCGGAUUUGUGCAGUCAAUUGAGUAAUCAGCGGGCUCCACAGCCAAUAGGUCAUUUUGCACCCUACAUUACCAGAUCAUCAGUCUCUGCACAUGAAUUCUGUCCAAGCUAUGUAGCUGUUGACAUUAUUUUUCUAUUUUUUCCUUAAUUGAAGCGGGUGCUUUUCUCACAAGUGUACCUUCUCUUUUACCUUGUGAUGAAAUCUCUCAGGAGCUGCCAACUGGUUGGAAUGAUAUUAACUCUUAUUUUAUUCAUUUCUAUGUUACGUCAAAAUGAUUUUUGUAGCAUGCAUUCCAGCUUGGAAGAUCCUUCCCUUUUUGGCCAGUUGUGGGCGAGGGAUCGAAGCCAUUUUUUCUAA